AUGGAGGCUAUUAGCAGGCUCAUUCGAAUACAUGAGCGGCAGGAAGAAGAAGAGCGGGAGCAGAAAAAAAGAAGAAGAACGAUUUGGGGUUGUAACAAUCACAUCAUCCCCGCAACCCGGUUUUCCAUUGCGAGCUUGGAAUCGAAAGAGAGCCAGAACAAUGGAGAGUGUUCUAUCUGUUUGGAUGAAUUUUCAGAGGGAGAACAAGUCACCCAAACGCCUUGCAAGCACAAGUUCCAUGAAGACUGCAUUUUGAAGUGGCUGAAUGGGAAGCACUUGUGCCCGAUGUGCAGGUUUCAGCUGCCAACCAAGGUGACGAAGGAUGCUAUGAACAAGCUCAUUCUAGGCAGCUGA